GUUGAAACAGCGCAAAGAUUUCAUUGCCAGGGCACUUCUGCUGUAGAAUUACAGUAUCAUAAUUGGAAUUAAGACAAGCUGAGGGCAUGGGAUAACCUAGCAUUUCAGGACAGAACUGAGAUGUACUGAGUGUGACCGUGAAGUUUUAAGGAUGAGAACUGAAAAUGGAAGGUCUCCUGUCAUCUCCUACUAGGGAAUGCAGAGUGAAGAGAGAGACUUUUGGGCUUGAAGUCAUUCACUGUAGGUUCUAAGAAAGAUGUGAAGUAUUAGCACCACCAUGUUGAUAUGUGGGACCACAGACACAAAAAUGAAGCAGACCUAAAGCCUCCAUCACAGGAUUAGCAGUCUAUAAAAACCUGAGGACUUGGUGAGUUCUUUUCUGACUUGCUGAGAUAAUGUUUGUGGGCCAAUUCGGAUAGUCAGCCACGGUUAGGGUAAGCUUGGUGGAGGAGAGGUUGUGGGACAUAUGGUAAACUAAAUAUGGUCAUUCUUUGGGUCAUGAAUGACAGAGACCUGGACUGACUUUGCCUAAACGUACUCCUUCAGAUGUUAGAUAUUUAGACUAAACCCAUUAUGCAGGUCCCAGUUUCAGGCCAUAGACACAGAAAGGCAGCUCCAAAGAAAUUCUUAUACAUCUUGGACAUCUACUUCAGGAUGGGAUGAAGCACUCUCUGCAGCAAACUAUUUCCCUCCUUCAGCUACACAGAGAGCUUGAAAAACAAGUGUAUACAUGGUGUUGAACUUUCUGACAAAGCCAAAGGAGGAGAGUAUGUUUGCAGAAUCAGAAUUAUAGAUGGGCUUGUACUGAACUAAAACGACCUCUACAUUUAGGCUCUUUAGACCAUGGAACGAUCCUUACAGGUCCUACAUUUAGGUUCUUUAGAUCAAGAGAGGGCGGACAGAAAAACGCUUUGAAUUUCCUGCUGUGCAGACCUCCUACCGAGGGACGGCUCGUUUAACGAGGCACCUCUGAAGAGCGGGGCACACAGCAGGGAGCGAGCCCCCUCAGUGCUCAGGACAGCCCGGCCCGGCCCUGCAGGAGCGCGGCCAUCCAUCCGAGCAGCGCAGCGCAGCACGAACCUGUGCACCGCAGAACUGCCUGCACACAUCCCGAGAUUCCUCAGCAAUGCCACCUUAGCCAGAACUGCACGCAGGAGCGACCACAAUUGAGCGACGAUCUCCAGAACAUAGCUGGGCACGUACGGGCUGACGGUACCUGAGGACACAAAACUCAAUGACAGCAGCUACGAGGGUGCAAUGAGAAGGCAGUGAGACAGCUGGGAAUACGCGGUGGGAAUGCCGAGUGAAAACCGGAAAUGAAUGAAAUGAACUUGAGUCCUGUAGGGAUGGACCAGCUGACCUCCUCCUCUGUGAGCAAUGCCCUGCCGGUCUCAGGAAGUCACUUGGGCUUGGCAGCAUCACCCACUCACAAUGCCAUACCAGCACCAGGCUUGCCUGUUGCAAUUCCAAACCUGGGUCCCUCCUUGAGUUCCUUGCCCUCUGCUCUGUCUCUGAUGCUCCCAAUGGGUAUUGGGGAUCGAGGAGUGAUGUGUGGUAUACCAGAGAGAAACUACACCCUACCUCCACCACCAUACCCUCACCUGGAGAGCAGCUAUUUCAGACACAUUCUACCUGGUAUUUUAUCUUACUUGGCUGACAGACCACCACCUCAGUACAUCCAUCCCAACACUAUAAAUGUUGACAGCAAUCCAGCAUUGUCAGUCUCCAACAAUCCCUCAGCCCUGGACCCCUACCAGCCCAGUGGGACCGUGGGGCUGGAACCAGGGAUUGUCUCCAUGGACUCCCGCACAGUGAACACACAUGGCCCCCAAAACCUGCAUCCUAGUGACAGCCACGAGGUAGCACUGGAUACUACAAUCACCAUGGAGAGCGUUUCGAGGGUGACCAGCCCCAUCUCUGCAGAUGGGAUGACGGAGGAGCUUACCAUGGAUGAUGUAGCCGGGGAUCACACGCAGAUCCCGAACGGCUCCCGCAGCCACGAACCUUUAGCCGUAGACGCAGUGGGGAGUAACCUGCCGUCGGACGCUGUGGGGCACGGCGGUGUCAUUCCCAUUCACGGUAGCACUUUGGAACUCCCUGUUGUCAUGGAGCCCGACCACAUGGCCGGGCGGGUGGCAGGGAUAUCGGACAGCACACUAAGCGACCCCAUUCAUACUGUGGCCAUGAGCACCAACUCCGUGAGUGUGGCGCUCCCUACCUCACACAACCUCGCUUCCCUGGACUCAGUAGCCUUGCAUGAAGUGGGCCUCAGCCUGGAGCCUGUGGCAGUGUCUUCCAUAAGUCAGGAAGUAGCCAUGGGGCCAAGCCAUGUCGAUGUGUCUGCAGACAAUCUUGCCUUUGUACCAUCAUCUCUGCAAAUGGAAGACUCCAAUUCCAACAAGGAGAACAUGGCAACCUUGUUUACCAUAUGGUGCACGCUGUGUGACAAGGCGUAUCCAUCAGACUGCCCGGACCACGGGCCCGUCACCUUUGUCCCCGACAGCCCAAUCGAGAGCCGGGCCAGGCUGUCCCUCCCGAAGCAGCUGCUGCUCCGGCAGUCCAUCAUGGGAGCUGAGGCGGGUGUGUGGACACGAGAAACCAUUCCUGUGAGGACUUGUUUCGGACCUUUGAUUGGGCAGCAGAGCCAUUCCCUGGAGGUGGCUGACUGGACAGACAAAGCAGCCAGUCACAUCUGGAAGCUCUAUCACAAUGGUGUCCUGGAGUUCUGUGUCAUCACAACUGAUGAGAAUGAAUGUAACUGGAUGAUGUUCGUGCGCAAAGCCAGGAACCGGGAAGAGCAGAACCUGGUUGCUUAUCCUCACGAUGGAAAAAUUUACUUCUGCACCUCUCGGGACAUCCCCCCUGAGCACGAGCUUCUCUUCUAUUACAGUCGGGACUAUGCACGACAGCUUGGUGUCCCCGAGCAUCCAGACGUGCACAUCUGCCACUGUGGGAAGGAAUGCGCUUCCUAUGCAGACUUCAAGGCCCAUUUGAGCAGCCAUAUUCACAACCACCUCCCCAGUCAGGGCCACAGCAGCAGCCACGGGCCAGGCCACGGCAAGGAACGCAAGUGGAAGUGCUCCAUGUGUCCCCAGGCUUUCAUCUCCCCCUCCAAGCUGCACGUGCACUUCAUGGGGCACAUGGGCAUGAAGCCGCACAAGUGCGAUUUCUGUAGCAAAGCUUUCAGCGAUCCAAGCAACUUACGGACACACCUCAAGAUCCACACAGGUCAGAAGAAUUACCGCUGCACCCUCUGUGACAAGUCGUUCACGCAGAAGGCUCACCUGGAGUCGCACAUGGUCAUCCACACCGGGGAGAAGAACCUCAAGUGCGAUUACUGCGAGAAGCUCUUCAUGCGGAGGCAGGACCUCAAGCAGCAUGUCCUCACUCACACACAAGAACGGCAGAUCAAAUGCCCCAAGUGUGACAAGCUCUUCCUGAGGACAAAUCACCUGAAGAAGCAUCUCAAUUCACAUGAAGGAAAGAGGGACUAUGUCUGUGAGAAAUGCUCCAAGGCUUAUCUAACCAAAUAUCACCUCACUCGACACUUAAAAAUAUGUAAAGGCCCCACAUCCAGCCUGUCAGCCCCAGAGGAGGAAGAGGAGGAGGAUUCAGAGGAGGAAUUAAUAGACUCUAUGAGGACUGAGGACUGUAGGAUUAACAACGGAGUCUAUUCAACAGGUGAUGUUCUCUCUGGACACAAAUGAAGAAGAGAGGAAAACUUUCUUGGAUAUUAUAAGUAGAGAAGGAAAAACCCUCUUCCUUGUUUCCCCAGUCACCAGUGUAUGUCAGGUGAGGAGUUUUCCUUCUGUUUUUGUCUCCACACUACCACCACUUAAUGUAACCUGUAGCCAGAACACUGAACAAGACUGGAUCAUGCACGUACAAGUGAAGAGUUGCUAAGAAGGAAAUGUGAGGCAAGAUUUCUUUCACACACGUUGUGCAUACUUCUCCAAAUCACUCAGAUUAAUCCAUCCAGUGCCAGGACACGUGACACACCUCACACAGCCCUUCGAGCAAAGAGCCACGAACCUGAAAUGUACCUGAGGGAUUGCAGUGACCUGUAAGCCAACUGUCCUUAACUGCCCAAGGUGUGACAUGAAGAGAGACAAGGAAAAAAGGGUGGUGGCCAUUGAUGUUUUUUAAAACUUUAACUGAAGGAUGUGGUUUGGCACAAAGCAAAGACUUCUCAAUGCUCAGGUUUCCUUCUUAAAACAAAACCUUUUGGGUAAAAAAAAAAAAAAAAGGCCAG